CCUUUUGUUCUCCCUCCCCCCCACCACAACCAUCAGGGUCGCAAAGCUACCUCAAGGAUAUCUCCAGAUACAUUCGUUCACUUAUUUUCGAAUCGACUCUGGGAUAGACUGCCUGGACUCCUGUAAAUCCUUUUCUUUUUUGUGCGUCAAAACUCACCAACCCCUUCACUCUCUACGUCCACGGAAACCCGAAAUUACUCUACACUCUUUUCGUCACUCUCUAGUCAAUUUAUACUCAGAAGGGGGAAUUUUUCAAUAAAUUUCCCUUAUCAAUUAUCCCGAACCAAACUACCAACACAACCACGCUGUCUCGAUUUCUUUCGCCCCUCCGUAAAACAACCGCCGCCAUGUUCAAACGCUCGUUCCGAUCCGGGGACCGAGUCGACAAGUCGGCGAGGCUGAAGAAGUCUAACAACAGCAACAACAAUAACAACAACAACAAUAAGGUUCGGGAUCCUCAGAAACUAGCGAAACUGCAGCGGUCGAUCGAGGAGAUCCUCCCCGCCAAAAGGACCCUCAAUUCUCCUAUCGUCACAUUGACGAUCGGGAGAGAAGCAAGACUGUUCGCGGCCCACGAGGAGGUCCUAAGCCAAUCGCCCUUUUUCGAGCGGGCGUGCCGGGACCAAUACCUCGAGGCGCAGAGCAAGAGGAUUUCACUUCCGGACGAAGAACCCGAGAUCUUCUCGGCCGUACUCGAGUACCUCUAUAAGGGUGACUACUACCCACGCUUGGUACAUAACAAGCACCGAAACUCUUGGGAGCUCGAGGAUGCCGUAGGAUCACCCGACCCUUCAGAAAACAACCGAGCUGGCCGCGGAGCCGUCGAGGCCACAAUGCACGUCGCCAGCGUGGGACAAUAUCUCUUGCGGGAUACCGUCGUGUACUGCGCCGCCGAUAGGUACGGACUCGAAGAGCUCAAGCGCCUAGCUCUUCGGAAGCAAGGCCUACAGAGCGGCAUCGAUGUCGGAACGAUCCUUAGAUCGGCGCAGUACGCCUACGACAACACGCCGGACACGGACUCGCGACUACGCGCUCACUAUCUCGCCCUAAUUAUCCGAUGUCGCAAGACAUUUAAGAGGAGCGGAACCAUGCAGACGGAGAUGGAACGGGGCGGCAAACUUUUCUUUGACCUAUUCGUGGCCAUGUGCAACCAUCUCGACGACGUCGUGGAAAUGAGCAACGCUCGAACGCCUAAGACGAUCUAGAGAACUCUCGGAUCUGCACUAACAAUAUACAUCCACUAAAUAUCGGGGUCACUUGGGGAGAAAUAUGACGUUGGAAUGUGUCUCGAAUUUGGCGAGGAACGAACGGUCACGGAGUUGAAUGAUUCUGCUUUUCCUUGUCUCUGGUUUCUUCCCUCAACUCAAUCUCUCCCGGGUAUUAUCAUCAGAUUGGAACACCAUUUGGGACAAAACCCACAACUCCACUUCUCAUCGAGGUUGG